CCGACAACAAAUGAAAACAUGGGACUGUUUUACUUGCUGUACGUGCAGUAUGCGUUAGUUGUACUUGUAGGCAGCUGCCCAAGUUAAUUCAAUUCUCAUCAAAACCACCUUCUCUCUCUCUCUCUCUCUCUCUCUCUCUCUCUCUCUGGAAGUUUGGCUGUUGAAACGCUAAGCUAUGGACAUAUAAGCCCAACUCCCCAUCUAAGCCACCAUUAUUGAAGCUUUCUUGAUUAUCAUUCUUUUUGUUGUGUAAAUAAAAUAUGGAUUCUGCAAUUGAGAAAUCUUUGGCGAAGGAGAAUAAUGGUGAAGAGUCUUCCCAUCCUCAGAAGAUUAAUGAAUUGAGUGAAAUUGUGGAGGAGUCAUCUCUGAAUGUGCAUCAAACAAGGCAAAACUCGGUUUCAGAGACACCAAAACGAGUGACAGAAGAAUCAUCCGAUGAUUGUUUGAGGAUGAACGUACCCCUCUCGCCAACUCCAAAACGGGUAAACUUUUCUCCUUUACCAAGCCCUUGUCAUGGUAAACUCGAUGGAUCUCCAGAUUCGUCAUCUAGGGGUAAAUCGUCAUCUGUGAAAAGCUUCAUUCCUAAAUUAAGCUUCAAGUUCCGGAAUACAACAACAGACAUUGAGCGGGCUGCAAUGCUAGCUCUGGGAUGUUCCCCGGGGAGGCAGGAAAAGCCUUCGAUACUGAGGCAGCUCUCAGUAACGAAGAUUUUCAAUCCAAGAAUGAAAAGAACAUCAUCGUUGCCAGUGUCUCCAAUUGCACACUCGAAUCCUGAAUCAGCACAUGGAGGACUUAACUUAGCCAAAAUCGGUAGUGAGCACCCAAUACACAGAUCAAAUUCAGUCCCGGAUUUAAACAAAGAUGGAAGCACGAGACAGGUUGGCUGUGUAGAGAGCCUAUAUCGCGUCAUUCCCUCUACUCCUUGUGUUGCGGUCCAGUCUGUAGCAACAUCAGCCGCAGCUCCAGCUGACAGUGCGGAUGGAACCAAUGAGUUGGGCGAAGACAUCACUCAAGAAGACGCUGUCUGCAGGAUAUGUCUGGUUGAACUCGGGGAGAAUAUGGACACGCUUAAGAUGGAAUGCAGUUGCAAAGGUGAACUCGCCCUGGCUCACCAAGAGUGUGCCGUGAAAUGGUUUAGCAUAAAAGGGAACAAGAUCUGCGAUAUCUGCAGGCAAGAGGUUCGGAAUUUGCCUGUCACACUUUUACGGGUUCAAACCCGAGCACUUGGAAUUCCCCAGUCUGCUGUUAUCCAAUACCGGAUUUGGCAGGAUGUUCCUGUUCUUGUUAUUGUCAGCAUGCUUGCCUACUUUUGCUUCCUAGAACAACUUUUGGUCGGAAGAAUGGGAUCUGGUGCCAUCGCGAUAUCUCUUCCGUUUUCAUGCAUCUUGGGUCUCCUUGCAUCCAUGACAUCGACUACUAUGGUGAGGAGAAAAUAUGCUUGGGUGUAUGCUACAACUCAGUUUGCUUUGGUGGUUCUUUUCGCACACAUUUUCUUCAAAUUGCUCCGCAUCCAAGCAGUUCUGGCGGUUCUUCUCGCCACCUUUGCCGGUUUUGGUGGUGUAAUGUGUGCGACUUCCAUUCUUUUCGAGCUUAUGAAGUGGAGGUGGCAGACAUGGGGGAAUCAGCAACCGACUUCUCAAGAAUCAGAGCUUCCAAGUCAGUCUUCACAAUCCAAUCCAACCCCGCAAACUGAUCAGCAUCCGGUUGAUGUUGAAACCGGGAAUGCUGGAGUUGAUCGUGGCCGUCAAGAACAGUAAAGAUUAUAUGCAUACAUAUGCAAUUGGUGCAGGUUGUGGUUAUUUUGGACUUUGGUGUGAUCAAGGAAGGCCACACAAAAGUCAAUUUAGUUAGGUGGAUUUUCAGUCAAAAAUUUUGUAAAUGUUGUCACCUUCUCAAGUACAACUCUGAUGAGGAAUUGUUGUUUCUGGUUUCAUUUGGUUUGCUUUCAUGUUUCUAGUGGGAGACAAGCA